AUGGAUGGAGAAGAUGAACUCAUUGCUAUUCAACCAGCAGAAAUAGAUGAAGAAGAACAAGAAUCAUUGGUGGUCAAGAAGAAAAAAGUGAAACAGCAAAUUUCCCAGUUGCAAGAGUUGAUUGAAGACGUGACUCACCAGCUCGAAGUUGUUAAAUUCGGAGACUUGAAUAUUGACCACAAUGCUCUGGUUGCUGCUCUGCCGUCAACUAGUGAAGAUCUAAAUAUUGAUGAUAAACUUCAGUUUGAGUUAUUCAAACUGUCAGGAAUCUGGUGCUCUAAGUGUACGGACAUAGAGUUAGUAUAUAAAUUUUCAACUAACUCUAAUUAUCAGAAGCCAAACGCGGUCCAGUUGUUGCUGGAUGACGACAAAAUUAAAAUAGGUAAAUGGGCGCUUCCUUGGGGCAUCAAGAUUGAGUAUAUCCUAAGAGAAACUCCGCUGGAUAAAAUGAGUCAAACGUCUGCGUUUCUGAGAAAUUGUAAGCGACAUAUUGAUUGUCAUGAGCAACGACGGAUACAAAUCACCAGUUUAAGGGAAUUAACUGAAGAAGUAAAAAAUAUACGAGUUGAAGGAUCUUUGGGAAAUUUAUCCAUGUACAUUAAACUAUUAUCGAUAAAUAACAGAGAAUUAAAUUUAAAACACGAUAUGAUAAUAAGUCUUUUUUAUGAAUCUGGAGAAGCGAGACCUCACUUAAUAAAAACAAAUUGGAAUUUGAAGAAUAAACCUGAUGAAAAUAUGCUACUAGAAAUGGGUAAAUUUGUAAAAGAUUUUAAAAAAUAUAAUCUUCAAGAAACUUAUGGAGCGAUUGCAAAUAGAGACCAUCCGAUUUUUAAGUGGAAGCCAAAUCGCGGAGAAAAUAGCCAAGAAAUUAACCUAGGAUACGAAUAUUUUUCUGAUGAAGAGGAUGAAGUAUCCGAGGAAGACCAGCCGAAGAAAAAACGCAAACACGCAAAAAAGCGAACUGUUAAAAAAAGAAAGGAAGCAGAAAAUAGUCAAGAUAGUCAGGAAAAAGAUACUUUAGUAAGCUCAGAGAAUGAUGAAAAUAGUCCAAUCAAAAAUAACAGUAAGAAUAAAGGUACAAAAUCAACAGUCGUGAAAAAAACUGCUGCUCCAGUCUUGAAGAAACUGGGUGCUUCAAUCGUAAAAAAAUCCACGAAAUCUCCAGCUUCCAAGAAGAACCAAGUUGAUAAGCGGCAGACUCGAUUGAGUUUUAAAGGAGUUCCUCUCGAAUCUUCCGACGCUCAAGAAUCACCUAAAAGACAAGAGUUCAACCAGCGGAUGCGAGAGACCAGCACACCCAAGACCAGAUUAAGCGACAAAAUUCCUCUAGUUUCUCUGGUGCCUAUCAGUAUCAGUCCGAUUGAGUCUGAAUCUAGUGAAAAAUCUAACCAAAAUUUAAAUAAGAGUAAGCAGAAAAAUCAAAAUAAAAAAUGA